GGACUGGGCAAAACUGAAAUAUCUGGGUGACGACAUUGAAGGAUUCAAAGCCCUACUGGCUGGAUACAAGUCUACAAUCACUAUCGCUCUUUGUGAUGCGAACUUCUACGGUCACAGCUAAAGCAAUCGACGAAUAUCAAGAGCUAAUAGAAAACACCGCGUCGGAUCUCGAAGAUAGCCUACAAAGGAUCAACGACAAGCUACAAGCUCUUGUUGAUGGUGGUUCAAGCUGUGGUCAGACGAACUUCGACCAACAAGCAAUCCAGCUCGAGCGCGAUAGCAUACAGAGAUGUCUCGAUAUAUGCGCUGGGAUGUCGUCGCAUAUUGAAAAAGGGCAGUCCACUAUGUCACAGAGCAUGCUCACAUUCCCAGAAGAGUAUGGCAGUCCAAUCGACGUUGACAGCUCUGCCAGCUCAGCCCGACGAGCUACAAUCACCGUCCUAGAUGAUUGUAAGGAGAGACUUACCUUUACGUCGUCGCAGCUUAGAGUGCAUCUUAUGGAUGCUCUUCGCCGUUUAAACGCUUUCCAGGGGCAGACCUUUGUCUAUCCAGACUCCAACGAACAAAACAAAUUGCGAGAGGAAAUCGACAGCAUUAAACGGAGCUUAGCAGUUUGCGCUAAAGCUUUUGAAGACGGAGCGAGUCAACAUGUUCGAUGA